AUGAUUGAGAAUGAAGUUUCAAUUCUGAGACGUGCAAAGCAUCCAAAUAUUAUUCGUCUUAUUGAAGAAUUCGAUUCUCAGGACAAACUUUUCCUUGUUAUGGAACUCGUAAAGGGAGGAGACCUGUUUGAGCUCAUAACAACCAGCACAAAAUACACGGAGAAGGUGGCCAGCAGAAUGGCCAAUAACAUGUUCAGCGCUUUGGCCUAUCUCCAUGCUGCCGGAAUUGUCCACAGAGACGUCAAACCAGAAAAUUUAUUGGUUUGUGAAAUGAACGAUGGAACAAAGACCCUGAAACUUGGAGAUUUCGGCUUGGCCACCGAAGUGAAGGAGCCAUUGCUUGUUGUCUGUGGCACACCGACCUACGUGGCACCAGACAUUCUCUCAGAAAAUGGGUAUGGGCUAAAAGUUGAUGUUUGGGCAGCAGGAGUCAUCACUUAUAUCUUGCUCUGCGGCUUUCCCCCAUUUGUAAGCACAGACAACAACCAAGAGGAAUUAUUUGACAAAAUUCUGGAGGGAAAAUUCGAAUUCCUUUCUCCAUUUUGGGAUGACGUGUCAAGUUCAGCUAAGGACCUGAUUACUCAUGUGCUGCAAGUCGAUCCCGAAGUUCGUUAUUCAGCGGCUGAUGUCUUAAAACACCCUUGGGUUGCGAAUGAUACCGCCAAAGACGAUGACCUGUACGUGGCCCAAGAACUGAAUAAUUACUUCACACGUUCCAAGAAGCCUAAAGGAGGAAUCGCUGUCAUGGCGGUACGUUUUACUUAUAUUCAAAUAGUAGAAAACCAGGAAUAUACAUACCACAAUUUGUACAGUUCAAUAGCAGUCCUUAGUAAUUCUAUGUGA